AUGCCCCUGUAUGCUGUGGUCAUUGAAACAAAUGAACUCUACUUCAUCUGGCCAAUUGUUUCUUGGGCACGAACUGGAAAAAAUAAUCAUGACAUGCUAGUAGAAGUGUAUGGUUUGUUUUUACUUCCAUGCUAUCUACAGACAUUUUCCUUAAACAUUACUCGUCUUUUUAUAGCCCAUGUCCAAGCACCCAAAGAACUUUCAGAAGAAACAAAGCAAAGAAUCCAACAGAUUUUUGAACGACAGGCCGCCAAUGGUCGGCUAGACUUGAAAGGGUUCAAGCUUAUUUUUAGACUGAUGGGUCAAGUGGUCAGCUCGACUGAAGCGGAACAAAUGUACGAAGAUGGGGAUAGAGACGACAACGGCACCAUCGACCUGGACGAGUUCCUCAAGUUAUACGCCAAGUACAGCCAGGAGGAGGAGGAGCGUAAGGCGGCCCUCCGAGAGAGCAUCGACAAGCUCUUCCCUGACGAGAACCUCAGGCUCAAGAAGGUUGAGCAGCUCCUGAUGAACGUGAACUCCACGAUAAUCCGCGAGAAGAGCGACCUGGGCACGAACGACAUUCGACUGCUGGUCAAAUCCAUGGAUACUGACGGUAACGGGAUCAUCUCCAAACAAGAACUGGUCGACACACUGUGCAAGCAUUAUGAAGUUUGAAACCACACAUCGCCAGUUGAAUUCAUUUCGUGUCUUUAUAUUUAACACACCAGUUUAUCAAAAACUUGGCUUUCAUAUAAAAUCAAAGACGGGAUUUCCUAGUAAACAAAAUUUUCACCACAAUAAAACGCUUACAUUAAAAACCCCCACUCAUGAUGCCGUCUGACUUGAUUACCAUUUCUACCUUUCAAGUAUUAUCUUCUAGUUCACUAUGUACAUUAUUAUAUACACUUUUAAUAUAUACGUGCCCUAUAUAUUAAUAAUUCUAUUUUCAUGAUGUAUUAAAAUAAAUGUGGUUAAAUACC